UAUGAUAACGUGCAAUUAACUUUAGUUACAUUGAGGAAAAUAAAACACUGAUAUUAAAUUUAAUAUUGUAGUUAAAAGGUCAUUUUGUAAAAUAGCUAAAAUAAGUAAGUUACUACAAUGAAUGAAGAAAACCCGAGAAAACUAUUAUUACCAUUUUCUUAAAAAAUCAUUGUGAUUUAGGAAAAAAACUAAAAAUAUUAUAAAACAGCUCGUUUAUCCCGCUUAUGUACUUUGGAUCCUUAGUCAUUUUCCAUCUUUUCUUGUCUGCUUUAUUGCCAUUAAGUUUUUUUUAACACAAAAAGCAGUGAUAAUUUUAGUAUUUAAAAUAGAGAAAAAAAUGUAAUAAAUUCUCUUUAAACAAUAAUUUAAUUUAUUUACCCACUUUACCAAUUCUGCUCGCCGGAAAAGCCUAAAAAAUAGCUUAAUUGAGAACUCUUUCUCACUAACUUAUUUUCUUCUAAUGCUAAUCCGUUGCAGAAGAAUUCAGCUGAAAAGUGACCAGAAAAUGAGUGCUAUGGGAAUACUGUCUUUCACCAUCAAUGGAACUCCGUACAAUGUGCCUGCCAGCGAGAUGCCCGUGGACACGUCUCUCAAUACAUUCAUCCGGAAUCGAGCUAAUCUCACUGGGACGAAAUUUAUGUGCCUCGAGGGUGGCUGUGGGGUGUGCAUUGUCGUCCUCAGGGGCAUUCAUCCGGCCACAAAGGAGAAGAGUACGUGGGCUGUAAAUUCCUGCCUUUUCCCCGUCUUCUCAUGCCAUGGUCUCGAUGUCAUCACCGUGGAGGGUUUGGGUAAUGCUAAGGAUGGUUACCAUCCAAUCCAGGAACGUUUGGCGCAUCUCAAUGGCACGCAAUGCGGCUACUGCUCACCCGGAAUGGUGAUGAAUAUGUACGGGCUGAUGGAGCAUAAGGGUGGGAAGGUAACAAUGGAGGAUGUGGAGAAUUCCUUUGGUAGCAACAUCUGUCGCUGCACCGGCUAUCGUCCAAUUCUCGAUGCAUUCAAAUCCCUCGCAGCGGAUGCUGAUGAAAAAUUACUGGCUCAGUGUCGUGACAUUGAGGAUCUGCCCAAAAAAUGCCCCAAGAGUGGCCUAAAAUGCGAAGGAAAAUGCCACGCUGUGGCGGAAAAGAAAUCCUUUAAGCUCUCGGAAGCCCGGGAGUGGCAUAAAGUUCUCAAUCUUGAGGAUAUUUUUGCAAUUUUCAAAGCUUCCGGCGAUAAGAGCUACAUGUUGGUGGCUGGAAACACCGCCCAUGGGGUUUAUAGACGUGAUCCGAAUAUUGAGAUUUUCAUUGAUGUGAAUUCCGUUGAUGAACUUCGGAAGCACUCAAUUGGGCAGAAUAUCCUUCUCGGGGGGAAUGUUAAUCUCACCGAAAUGAUGGAAAUCCUCGAGAGGGCAGCCACACAGAAGCCCGAAUUUACCUACUGUCGUGUCCUCAAUAAGCACAUUGAUGUUGUUGCGAGUGUUCCUGUACGAAAUACGGGCACAAUUGCCGGAAAUCUGAGCAUUAAGCAUGCCAAUAUUGGAUUCCCAUCUGAUAUAUUCCUCAUCUUGGAAGCAGUUGGGGCUAAAAUUACAAUAAUUGAUGGAGCUGGGAAAACAGAGGAUGUCUCCCCUGUGGACUACCUGAAGGUGGAUAUGAAGAAGAAAAUUAUCCUCCAAAUUACGCUUCCGCCGCUUGAUCCCUCAAAGAUCUACGUGAGAACUUUUAAGAUUAUGCCUCGUGCCCAAAAUGCUCAUGCCUAUGUGAAUGCAGCUUUCAAGUAUGAAUUUGCAGAUGCAUCAAAGGAGAAGCUCACAAAAGCCACCAUUUGCUUUGGAGGAAUUGAACCGAAUUUCGUCCAUGCGGUGGAAACGGAAAAACUCCUCAAGGAUGUAAAUCUCUUUGAUGAUGUUUUCUAUCAGAAAGUCCUGUCCACCCUUGCUGGGGAGCUCAAACCCGACUGGGAGCUUCCUGACGCAUCACCAGAGUAUAGAAAAAAUUUAGCUCUCGCCCUUUUCUACAAGAGUUGCCUCGAUCUUUGCCCAGAUGACAAAAUGAAGGCACAUUUCAAGAGUGGAGCAACACAAAUUGAUCGUGCUCUCUCCUAUGGAACCCAAACUUUUGAUACAUAUGAGAAAAAUUGGCCCCUUACGCAGCCUGUUAAGAAACUUGAGGCUCUCAUUCAGGUAUCCGGUGAGGCAAAGUACAUGAAUGAUCAUCCAUACCGCGAUGAUGAUCUGUGGGCGGCUUUCGUGCUCGCCACGGAGGCAAAGGUCAAAAUUGCCAAAAUUGAUCCAACAGAAGCUCUCAAGGUGCCCGGAGUUGUUGCUUUCUUCUCCGCCAAAGACAUUCCGGGGCUCAAUAGUUUUGUCAGCAUGAAGUGUCCCUUCACAACGGCCAAUGAGGAGAUCUUCACCAGCGACAUUGUGGCCUUCCACGGACAACCUGUUGGGAUGAUUGUGGCUGAUACACUCUCCCUGGCGCACACUGCAGUGAAACUCGUAAAGAUCAUCUACGAGAAACCCGAAAAGAGGGAACUCCUGCCCACACUGAGGGAUGUAAUUGAGGCAAAAGCCUGGCAUCGCAUCAGCAGUCAGUUGAAUGUAAAGCCGAAAAAGGAGGGAAUGCAGGGAAGUCACAAAAUCAGUGGACGCUUUGAUAUUGGAAGUCAGUAUCAUUACACAAUGGAGCCCCAGACUACAGUUUGUGUACCCACGGAGGACGGUAUGGAUGUCUAUAGUGCCACCCAAUGGAUGGAUAUGACCCAAAUUGCCAUUGCGGAGUGCCUCAAAGUACCCGAAAAUUCUAUCAACCUACAGGUUCGUCGCGUGGGUGGUGCAUACGGUGGAAAAAUUACACGUUCUGGACAGAUAGCAUGUGCUGCUGCACUAGCCUGUCACCACCUACGACGCACAAUCCGUUUUGUUAUGUCCAUUGAGCAAAAUAUGACGGCAAUUGGAAAGAGAUAUGCCGUUUCUUCCGAAUAUGAAUGUGAAGUUGAUGAUUCAGGAAAAAUUCUCAAGCUAAAGAACACCUUCAUGGAGGAUUUUGGUUGCUCCCCCAAUGAGGAUGUAACUUCCUUUGCCAAUAAGGCCUUUCUCAAUGUCUACGACGGAUCAACGUGGGAUGUAACGUCCAAGCUGAUUCUUACAGACGCCCCUGGGAAUACGUGGUGUCGUGCACCAGGAAAUCUCGAAGGAAUGGCCAUGGCUGAGAAUAUCAUGGAACACAUUGCACGUGCAACAGGACAAGAUGUUAAUGAGAUUCGUCUACUGAACAUGCCUGCUGAUAGUCCAAUGAAGAAGUACUUCACAGACUUCCGUCAAUCAACGGAAUUUGAUGUGAGAAAGAAGGAAAUUGAUGCGUUUAAUGUGCAAAAUAGAUGGAAGAAAAGGGGAAUCUCCCUUGUUCCCAUGACUUUCCACCUUGAGUACUUCUUCACAAUGCCUGCCCUCGUGUCUGUAUACCAUGGAGAUGGAUCUGUGUCCAUUACCCAUGGAGGAAUUGAAAUGGGUCAGGGUAUCAAUACAAAAGCCGCCCAGGUUGCAGCUCAUAUUUUGGGAAUUCCUCUUGAGAAAAUCGCCGUGAAGGCAUCUAAUGUUCUAACAUCCCCCAAUUCUCUCGUCAGCGGAGGAAGCAUGGCCAGUGAUUCAAUAGCAUUUGCCGUAAUGAAGGCUUGUCAAAAUCUCGUAGAUCGCAUGCAGAAUGUAAAGGCUAAGAUGAAGAAUCCAUCCUGGGAAGAACUGUGUGGCGCUUGCUAUUUCAAUGGAGUUGACCUCUGUUCAAGGUACAUGUUCAAACCCAGCGAUGCUAAGGAGUACCAUAUUUGGGGAGUCACAUGCUCGGAAUUAGAAGUCGAUCUCCUAACGGGGAAUGUUCAGCUUCGUCGUGUGGAUAUUAUGGAGGAUACAGGAGAAAGUUUGAGCCCAAACGUAGAUGUUGGACAGGUAGAGGGAUCAUUCAUAAUGGGCGUAGGCUACUGGCUACAUGAAAGUCUCGUUUUUAAUCGUCAAAAUGGAGAACUACUCACCAACCGAACUUGGACGUACAAGCCUCCAGGUGUGAAGGAUAUUCCGGUGGAUUUUAGAAUUACAUUCCUGCAGAAGAGCUCAAACCCCAACGGUGUACUCAGAUCAAAGGCUACAGGUGAACCAGCAUUGGCAAUGUCUUGUGGAGUGAUUUUCGCUCUGAGGCAUGCUCUGGAUUCAGCCAGAAAGGAUGCAGGUCUUCCAGCUGAUUGGUACAAUAUUGGCGCCCCAUCGACACCUGAUGAAAUUUUCGUGCGUGCUGGAAACAAGGUGGAAGACUUCCGAUUCCAGUAAAACUUUUAAUUUUGUUUUUUUUUUGUAGAAUUACUUAACAAUAAAAGGGGUUUGAAAUUAAA